AUGUUUGUAUUUGAAGAAAACGCAAGUGGCUGGUUAGAUCCAUUGAUGAAAGUCCGUAUCCGUUCCCGUGAACAAAACGGUCGUUCCACUUACACAGUCACCAAAAGAGAUUUGGUGCCUGGCAAAGACUUUGUGGAAACGAGGUAUGCUUUGGUUCAAUCCCAUAAAGCUUACAGUUCAGCAUGUAAAAGUUCAUCUGCAGAACACAAAUAA